UGCAAGACCUGAAAAUGUGGACAGGCAUAGUGAUAUAAAAUCACGGACGUGCUCUUAGGAGGUAAACACUCAGUUUAUCACGAUGUGGCGGCUUGUAGGUCUGUGGUCGGAGAUGGGCCGCGUGCAGCUCCUGUUGCUUGUUUACAGCUAUCUCUGCUCUAUCGGAGGCUGCCUAUUUGUGACGGACUAUUUCACCCGGACGCCUCGCAAGCUCAACGCCUUCCGCUCCUUCGCCAGUGUGGAGCUGUUCCACUUCAGCGUGCCUGAUGACACCGUGGUGGCCGUCUGGAACCUCAUCACCUUCAAGGAGCAAGGGGGCACAUUCGGGGACAACUGCCCCGACCGCAACGUGACAGUAUACUUCAGGUCAGGGGCCCCACCAGUGAUCAACCCCCUGAACACCCGCUUCCCGAGGGACACCAUCAUCCCAGGGUCCUUUGCUGUCACUCUGACAUGGACACUGCCCAACCGUACCACAGGGGUGUUCAAUGUCACCAGCCCCCUCCCAGGAGACUGGUUCCUGGCCGCACACCUGCCAAAGGAUGAGGGGAAGAUUUCUGUCAAGGGUCUUCGAGAAGAAUGUCAGUACCUCUUCCAACCUCAGCUCAUAGUCCAGAGGCUGAUAGGAAUUUCGGUGCUAUACCCUGGCUACUUCAUAGACCAGAUGAUUCCAGUUCACAAUAAAUCUGUUCUCUACAAGGUAUUCAUUCCUAGCUACAUCUCUUUGGUGAAGGUUCAGCUGGGGGACUGCAGCACCAGAAACCGGAGCAAUGAAGGCUGCCCUGUGCUGGUGAAGAUGCGAGCCAGGGCUCCACCUGUACACAACUCCAGUGCUGUUGACUGCAGAGAGAGCAAGCCCUGCGAACUAGAGAUGCCACUGCUGUCCUGGGAGCAGUGGUAUUACAUCCUGGUGGAGCGCUACCUCAGCCCGGCAGAUGUGUACUUUCGCAUCGGUGUCCAGGUUAAAGAUUGCUCCAAGCCGAGCAUCACUAAGGGCUCCUCUGCCAUGAAUAUGCCCCAGUCAUUUGGCAUAGCGAUGGGCUUCUCUCUGUCAGAAACCCUGCCUGCUGCCAGCCUGCCCAACCUGUCGCGAAAUGCCUCAGAUCAGGGCUUGCUGCUGACAGCUGAAGACAGCAUCAUCUACUUGGCACCCACCGCCGACACCAAUAAGUGCUGGCCCAUCCGACCCACGUUGCGCAAUGAAUUGGACACCUUCUCUGUGCACUUCUACAUCUUCUUCGGGCCCAACAUUUCCAUUCCCCCAGACCGGGCAGCAGUGUUUGCCAUCAACCUGAUGCCUGUCCUGGACAGUGGAGGAGUUCUCAACAUGGAGCUCAAACUGAAUGUGUCCUCGGUGAAAGGAGAGAAUGUUACCGUGUUCGGCUGCCUGAAUCAUGGAAUGCCGCUAUCCCUUCGAGAGAACUCCUCUGUGAAAUGCGAAUCUGAAUCUGUUUCGGGAUUUCUUCUAUCCGUGAACACCACUACAAAUAUUACUAAGCUGCGGAUCCCAUACCCCCAGACAGGAACCUGGUACCUCAGCCUUCGAUCUCUCUGUUCCACAGAGCAUGGGUUCGAGGCAUGCUCCAAUAUAACAUCAGAAGUUUAUCUACGCUCAUAUCUGACUCCGUGUAUUAACGACUGCGGCACGUAUGGCCAGUGCAAGCUCCUCCGGACCAAUAACUACCUGUAUGCUGCAUGCGAGUGUAAAGCAGGCUGGAAUGGCUGGGCCUGUACAGACAACACAGAAGCUUAUUCAUAUGGAUUUCAGCUGCUGUCCACCCUGCUACUCUGCCUAAGUAACCUGAUGUUCGUACCGCCUGUGGCCAUCGCUAUCCGCAGCCAUUACCUGCUGGAAGCCUCUGUCUACAUCUUCACAAUGUUCUUCUCCACUUUCUACCAUGCUUGUGAUCAGCCUGGCAUAGUGGUCUUCUGCAUUAUGGAGUAUGAUGUCCUUCAGUUCUGUGAUUUUCUCGGCUCCCUCAUGUCUGUGUGGGUCACUGUCAUUGCUAUGGCCAGGCUCAAAUCUAUCAUCAAACAGGUCCUGUACCUGCUAGGAGCAAUGUCACUCUCCAUGGCCCUGCAGCUGGACCGCCACGGCCUGUGGAACCUACUCGGCCCCAGCCUCUUUGCCUUGGGCAUAAUGGCCAUUGCCUGGACCGUGCGCACCAUCCGACGCCGCCGCUGCUACCCGCCCACCUGGAAGCGCUGGGUCUUCUUCCUGUUCCCGGGCACCAUGAUCGCCGCCUCAGCCGUGGCCCUCUAUGCCUUCGUGGAGACAGAGGAGAACUACUUCUACAUCCACAGCAUCUGGCACAUGCUGAUCGCGGGCAGCGUGGGCUUUUUGCUGCCGCCGCCGCGCACCAAGUCCGACGCCAAGGUCACGCCCCUCAAGCGCCGCCGGGGCUGCGGCUACCAGCUCUGCGUCAACGAGCAUGAGGAGAUGGGCCUGGUGGACCCAGCCAUUAUCACCAUCAACAGUAUCUGCACCAGCUGA